AUGGACAGUGGUGACAAGGCUGGAACGACAACAAGCACGCAUGCACUGGCUGGAGAACCCGCAGAGAAGGUCCCUACUAUCAGAGAAGAACACGUAGGCGAUGACGAGCCAUCCUCAAAUUUUACUCAUACAGCACACACAGACCCUACAAAAUCUAUAUCCGCUGAAGGUGAACACUCACCAUCUUCUGGCUUGGAUUGCCCAGACGCAGUAGAUGCUGGCCACAGUGACAUCGAGACUCACACUCCGUCGCUCCGCGAGCGUAACACUGUCUCAGAAGACGAUUCUUCAGGGCCACACAUCGCUGGUCUGGAUGUCUCGCCUCUUAGCAUGAGUAAACGAAGCUCGAUAGACCCAAACACGCUCCCAAACACUGCCACAGAGACGACAGAACAACAGACCGAACCUCCAGUCCAAGAACAUGAUGAGAGCUCCCAGGUACAGAAAUCUGCGCAGAAAGCUGACAUUCCUUCCCCUACUUCAGGCGAGGAGCCAAAGCAGUAUGCGUAUACACAACUCCAGGACAACCACCCAUCUCCCCAUGGCAUGGAUCAUCCCCACACUACCAUCUCUAUCCCUACUUACGAGCAGCAGCAGCAGCAGCCUCAGAGACAGCUAAAAAAGAAGUUUUCCUGGGAGGUUGACUCAGAGGAGAGUGACAAAGAACAGGCUCUAUCCCCGCUGUCACCCGUUUCAGCCACCCUGACCCCAGGAGCAUUGGUCAUCAAUAAACAGCCCACGGGUAGCAGUGGAAUUGAAGCCGCAACUAGUGCACCAGUCCCAGGAUCACUCGCUGCAGAGAGCCCACAAGACACCACUCCAGUCGAGACUCAAGAGAAAGAAACAGAGCUGUUGCCAAAGACUCAGAGCCAGAGCCCCCCUCCCCCUACCACUGUCCAGCCUGGCGCAUCAUCCAUGUCAAAUCAGAAAGCCCCUGAAUUCCGUGAAAUAACUAGCAUCCCCCAGCCCGCCCAAAGAAUAGCUGCUUUUAACAAUGCCAGAGAUGUCUACGCAAACACAGACUCCGGCCUCGACGGAUGGAUCAAGAACGUAGCGGAAACCGGCCACCCUGACAACGCAGAAACAAUCCAACGAAACGGUAUUGCUCCGACCGAUCCCAACGCCACUCACCGGCCCAUCCCAUCUCAAGGAAAAUUCCCCAAGUUACCCUCACUCGGCAAUAUAUCUCUGCCUUCUAGACACCAUGACGGCUCUGGUCCUGGCCAUGGCCACACCCGCCAGAGCUCAGGCGUCCAGCUCGGCGGAAUGAUGAACACGCAGCACGUCCAAGCAAAGGGCAAGGAUCUCCUUCACUCCGCCGGCGUCCUAGGCGGUAAGGCUGGUGAUGCAGCUAAGGGCCUCUUCGCCAAGGGCAGGAGUAAAUUCCGACAUAGUGGAAGUGCCGACAAGGGUCAAAUUGUUCCUCCUGCUUCUCCUCCGAUGUCACAUAAUUCUGUGCAGUCGGAGUUUGAAAGUUCUCGACUUAGUAUUGGUAGUCAAUAUCAGAAUCAGCAUCAGCAUCAACAACAACCACAGCAGCAACAACAGCAACAGCAACAGUCACUGACAAUCCCAGAGACAAUCCCUCGUGUGAAAUCCCUAAAAUUCGAUAGCCAGCCAUUUUCGGUCUCCUUUAUGGGCGAAGUUGCUCAUAUCAUGUCUAAGUCUAACGGUGACGAAAAGAGACCACGAGAUUCUAAACGAUAUAGUGGUCGUGGUCUGGCAUUGAUUACGGAGGAGCGCCCCGUUUCUCAUACUCCUGAAUCUUCAGAACCCCAUGUGCAAACUGAUGUUCCCAACAAUCAGCCUAUGCCAGUGCCUGACCAGCCAAUGCAGAGCCCUGGUAUACCAGAGAUCAACCUUCCAACUUCUACCCCAAAUAUUGAACCUGUUUCUGCCACAACCAGCGACCGAGGCAGUGGGGAGUCAGGCGUUGUCUCAGUGCUCGCAGAUGAAAAGGAUAUUGAAAAGGGCAGACUAUCGUUUGCCGUGUCCGAAGUGGACGUCAAGCCCACUCGGGAGUCCUCCGUCAUUUCUUCGGCAGAUACGCUCGAUGACUCCAGAAGAUUGAAGCAGAGAUAA